AUGUCCGACCUCGAGGACUACGCCUAUUCCCCCUAUGAUGAUCUCGAGGACAUUCUAUGGGACGCAGACCCCAACCCCGAACUUGCUGAUGACCUAGCCGAGCAUGCACUUCAUAGCCCCGUCUACCUAGACGAAAUUGCUGGUUAUGAACUGGAGGAGUAUCACAGCGAUUGGGAAUAUUAUUCCGAUGAUUACAUGGACGAUGACCCUACCUUGGAGAACAGAGACUUUGUCGAGAAAGAGUCGCUCCAAAAGCGCGGGAAGAAGAGAAAAUUGGUUGAUACCAAGGACAUCCCUGCACUUGAUCUGAACGAAACCAAGUUAAUACUUCGGUCCAUCAAAGGCACUAUCUGGGCAAAGCCUAGAAAGAUGGAACCUCCAACUCACAACGUUGGACAAGGCGAUUGUAUAUCGCUCAUGAAGAACUGGAGACAGGUUUUCUCCAUUAAUGAUGAUGGUUGGGGUCGCCAGACAGACGCCACUGAUAACGACGAAUCUUGGGCCAAAGAUCUUGGACUGGCCGACAUGGGCCUUCAGCCACAGAGGCAGAUGUCGUUUGAGCAGGGACCUGUUCAGGAAGAAGAAGAAGAAUAUGACGAGGAGGAUAGCGUUAUCCAAGGUGAAGAGGAAGAUCAGGAUCCGGAGAUGGACGAGGAUAUUGAGGACCCAUACUUCCUUCCUGUUACGGGCUCUGGUGAUCCAGUCAAGGCCCCAAGCGACAUCAACAGCUCACAAACGAGUGGCAGCCGCGACGAUAGAGAAACCAGGACAGCAUCUGGCCGAACAACUCGAAGUGGUAUCGUUCAAGUGACAAAUGCGGCCUCAAUCGGUUCGCCCGAUGGCAGUGAUGAUGAACACCCUCGCAAAAGACGACAGGUCAGGCAAAGUCUGCACUCUACUUCAACACACGCUGGUCCGGAAUCACCCAGGCCUACAGAUAGACAACAGGUCAAUGGCACUGGGGGAAUGAAAUCUGCAAGGAAUAAUGUUUACCAGGCAUCUAGGAAGCGGAAAGCAACCGAGGAUGAGGACGAUAUAGCUUCGUCUGACACCCGUAACGUGAAGCGCGUUGCGGUUGGAAGCGGUCAAGCUGCAGAUGAUACAAAUACAACACGCUCGCGACGAGUGCGCGGCAACACGAAGACUUGA